GGUUCGCACUCACCCAGCAUGUAGAGGAGGCAGAGCGCGCAGGGAGGGAGACACCUGGACCGCCGAGGACGCACCGGAGCCAGGACGCACCGACCCGAGCCGAGCCGAGCCGGACCCUAUCGAUCCGCUAUCACAGGAGCAAACACUCGACUCCGGGACGCCGACGAGGAGCCGCUGGAUGAGUUUUUACCAGAACUGCUGCAGAAACGUGAUCCAGAUUUGUUUAGUUUGAACCGGGUUCACACUUGGAAGCAAGAGAAUCCAGAUUAGAAACCAGAUUAGAAAGAGCACCGAGGAAAGAAGAGCAGGAUUCUCUGUGGAAGCCAGCAUGGGGAACCUGAUCAAGGUGUUGACCAGAGACAUCGACAACAACGGUGGAAACUUCUUUCUGGACUUUGAGAAUGCUCAACCUUCACAGUCGGAGACGGACAUCUGGGAUAAGGUGAACCAGGUUCUGGAGGAGGCCCGGGUCAUCCUGGAAGACCUCCAGUCCUACAGAGGAGCAGGGGAGGAGAUCCGACAGGCCAUCCAGAGUCCCAGUGUGGAGGGGGUCCAGGAGAAGGCCUGGUCUGCUGUGGUUCCUCUGGUCAAUAAACUCAAGACCUUCUACGAGUUCUCCCAGAAACUAGAGUCCAGUCUCCAGUGUCUCCUGGACGUUCUGACCAGUUCUGGUUCAACCCCGACUCAACAUCUGGAGCAGAAACAAGCUUUGGCUCGACAGUUCGCUCACAUCAUGCACUUCACACUGCGCUUCGAUGAGCUCAAGAUGACCAACCCAGCCAUCCAGAAUGAUUUCAGUUAUUACCGUCGCACCAUCAGUCGCAUGCGAAUCAACAACGUGUCUUCCGACACAGGAAAUGAGGUCAACAACGAGCUGGCCAAUCGGAUGUCUCUGUUUUACGCCAGUGCCACGCCCAUGCUGAAGACGCUGAGCGACGCCACGUCGAAGUUCGUCUCAGAUAAUCCAGAUGUGCCCAUAGAAAACACGACAGACUGUCUGAGCACCAUGGCCUGCGUCUGUAAAGUGAUGCUGGAAACACCUGAGUAUCGCAGUCGUUUUGCCAGUGAGGAGACGAUUCUGUUCUGCCUCCGUGUGAUGGUCGGCGUCAUCAUCCUCUACGACCACGUCCACCCGGCGGGAGCCUUCGUCAAGACGUCCAACAUAGACAUGAAAGGCAGCAUCAGAGUGUUAAAGGAGCAGCCGCCGAGCAGCGUGGAGGGUUUGCUCAACGCUCUCAGGUACACGACCAAACAUCUGAACGACGAGUCCACCCCCAAGCAGAUUAAAACCAUGCUGCAGUCGAAUUAACUCCGAGUGGAACUACUGAACGACCUCCAGCUCAGAUAUCGUGUUUUUGUUUGUUUCUUAAAUGAGAAAAGAGGAAGAAAUGAGACAGAAAGCUGCGUUCAAGUCACCUCAGAUUUACAGGAAUCUAAACCUGCUCCAGCUCACCUUCAUUAUUAAAUGUGAUACAGUAGCGCCACCUGGAGGCUGCACUGAUCUCUACAGCUACAACCUGGAGGCCGCUGUCAGAAAAUCAGAAAACGAUCAACCCUUCACCUACGUACGAGCACCUUUACAAACCUCCCUCUUUAAGGUGGAGCUGGAGCUCUGACGUGACCUGAACGCAGCUUUGACUGAUUCUCUGGUUCCACUUCUCCUCCACCAAGAACCAGAACCAGAACCAGAACCAGGAACUCCAGCUCCUCGGCUUCAGUUCCUACCUCAGAGAAAAAAAGCCUCCGACGUCUGGAGUUCAUUGACAGGACGAACGGCUGAAACCAGAUCAGCUGGAGCCUGAAAGACACAGACAAACCAUGUCAGGGAACAAAUACAUAAAGACAGGAAAACAAUUCAAAUUUAAAAAAUAGAUAAAAUAGAUACUAAUCGUUUUCUUCUCGGUCGUUCAGACUUUAAUCCUCAGCUCAGAGUUUCCUGUUUGUUUCUGGUUCUUUGGUGGAGAAGGUUUGUUGGGACCAGCUGGUUAAACUUCUGACCAUGAACCAGACGUAGAGACAUUUAAUCCUCUUUUCGUGUAUGUUGUGUGUUUUUUGAAACCCUGCUGAAUCUGUGACGAUCGGUACUGAAUCGAGGGGAAACCCGAUCCCUGGGACGCCCGACUGGAAAAUCCUCCUGAGCUUUUAUCUGUGCUUUGUAUGUUAUCGCUGCAUUAUCAGGGAUUUUAUUGCAUUAACUGUUUUGACGUGACGUCUGUGUGGCCAAAAAUAAAGUUUUUACGUUUUUAA